AUGCCCAGGCUAACCUCCUUCAUCUUCAAAGGCUUCUUCGAUUUGACUGUCUCACUGACCUCACAGUGGCAUCAUCCAGACUCUAGGCGUAUGGCACGGGUCGGAACUUUCGAUAUCGAAUCAGAUGUAAACCCAGUUGAUAGGAUGAUCUGGUGGUCUACAAAUGCGACCAUCAAAGACGGCAACGAAACGCAACGUACCGCACCGUCACUGGAGAUCGACGACACCGAUGGAGGGCGAAAGGUCUCCAAGAUCGGUCCUCUCCUGGCCCACCUGGCGCGACCGCAACUGUUCCGCUCUUGCAUCUGGUCUGCCUCAGAUUACAGUCAACGUCAACAGGGGCCUGCCAAUCGUUUUCUAGGGGGCACUGGUGGUACUCGGUGCGGAGGCAGAGACGGGACAGGCAUGCACCCGGCAGACUGGCAUGAUGAUGAGGAGAUGCGGCACGAGAUCAGCGGAAGUCAAGGAACCUAA